UAAUGGAUUGUUCAAUGAGUUCCCUCCAAAAUGCGACGAGAAGCAUUCUUGGGAACCCAAACAGGGUGGUAUCCACAUACCAUACGAAACAACUCCACGCCCAAAUACUGAAAACCAAAGGAACCCUUCACUCUCACACCAACACCACACUCCUCACACUCUACACUCACCUCAAUCUCUUACACGAUUCCCUUCUCAUCUUCCACUCUCUCCCUUUCCCUUCACCACGCGCUUUCGUUUCCAUCAUCAAAUGCUACACUUCCCAUGGCUUCCUCCGCCACUCUCUCUCUUCCUUCAACCACAUGCGCGCCUUCGCUAUUCCCCCCAAUCGCCACCUGUUCCCUUCCCUCCUCAAAGCUGCCACGCUCUUAAACAACUUCCACCUCGCACUGUCGCUCCACGCUUCCGUUAUUCGUCUCGGUUUCGAUUCCGAUUUGUACACCGCCAAUGCGUUGAUGAAUAUGUAUUCCAAGUUUCGUGCUCCCCUGAAUCCUCGCUUUUCUGCAAACCACGCGCUCGACGGUUUUUCUCAGCCACGCCGAAUCGUUAUAACAGACUGUGUUAGGAAGGUUUUUGAUGGAAUGCCCGUGAAGGAUGUUGUUUCGUGGAACACUGUUAUUGCUGGGAGUGCUCAGAAUGGGAUGUAUGAAGAGGCUUUGGAUAUGGUUAGGGAAAUGGGCAAUGCUAAAUUGAGACCUGAUUCGUUCACUUUGUCUAGCGUUCUUCCUAUUUUCGCCGAGCAUGUUGAUGUUAUCAAAGGGAAGGAAAUUCAUGGCUAUGCUAUUAGACAUGGUUUUGAUGUGGAUGUUUUCAUUGGGAGUAGUUUGAUUGACAUGUAUGCGAAAUGUACUCGAGUGGAGCUUUCGCUUCGUGCAUUUUUUCUCUUGCCUAAGCGUGAUGCCAUUUCGUGGAACUCGAUUAUUGCAGGGUGUGUGCAGAAUGGGAGAUUUGAUCAGGGGCUUGAGUUCUUUCGUUGGAUGUUGAAGGAAAGAGUGAAACCUGUGGACGUUUCGUUUGCGAGUGUUAUACCGGCUUGUGCUCACUUGACGGCUUUGAAUUUGGGGAAGCAGCUUCAUGGAUGUAUAAUUAGACUUGGGUUUGAUGAUAACAAGUUUAUAGCCAGCUCUCUUGUGGAUAUGUAUGCCAAAUGUGGUAACAUUAAGAUGGCUAGAUGUAUUUUUGAUAGAAUAGAGAUGCGUGACAUGGUGUCGUGGACUGCCAUCAUUAUGGGAUGUGCAAUGCAUGGUCAUGCUCUUGAUGCAGUUUACUUGUUUGAAAAGAUGUUGGUUGAUGGAGUGAAGCCUUGCUAUGUGGCAUUUAUGGCUGUUUUAACUGCCUGUAGUCAUGCUGGGUUGGUUGAUGAAGGCUGGAGGUAUUUUAAUAGUAUGCAAUUGGAUUUUGGUAUUGCUCCUGGGUUAGAGCACUGUGCUACUGUCGCGGAUCUGCUUGGUAGAGCCGGAAGAUUGGAGGAAGCCUACGAUUUUAUCUGUAACAUGGGAGUACAACCAACGGGUAGCGUGUGGUCUACGUUGUUGGCUGCUUGCAGGGUUCAUAAGAAUGUUGAAUUAGCUGAAAAGGUUGUUGACAAAAUACUCUUGGUUGACCCUGAAAACAUGAGUGCAUUUGUUUUAAUGUCAAACAUCUAUUCAGCAGCCCAAAGAUGGAAAGAUGCUGCGAAAUUGAGGAUCCACAUGAGAAACAAGGGUUUGAAGAAGACUCCGGCAUGCAGCUGGAUUGAAGUUGGAAACAAAGUACAUACUUUUCUGGCUGGAGAUAAAUCACAUCCAUAUUAUGACAAAAUAAAUGAGGCUUUGAAUGUUUUAUUGGAGCAGAUGGAGAAAGAAGGUUAUGUCCUUGACACAAACGAGGUGCUCCAUGAUGUCGAUGAGGAACAUAAACGUGAAUUAUUACGCACUCACAGCGAGAGACUUGCUAUAGCAUUUGGCAUCAUCAGCACUACUGCUGGCACGACCAUCCGGGUAAUAAAGAACAUUCGGGUAUGUGUGGACUGCCACACUGCGAUUAAAUAUAUGGCAAAGAUUGUUGGCAGGGAAAUCAUUGUGAGGGAUAAUAGCCGAUUUCACCAUUUCAGGAGUGGGUCUUGUUCUUGCGGAGAUUACUGGUGAAAUAACAACUACAAUUGGGAACCAUGCAUAUCAUCACUCUGGCUGCAUAGCAGUAUUAAACUGAGACGGAGAUUAAAAUGUUAGUACUAAAUGAGUGCAGAAAGCACACACACCAUAGUCAAGUCAAAAAAAGGGUGAGCAUGUUGGCUGCCCUGCCUUUGCAAAAUCAUGCAGUCAAAAAUUCCUUUUGGAGAUGAAGUCUGUGUGCUCUCAGCUUGGUGACGAGAGGGCUUGGGAGUUGGGAUCCUGAUAACACGUCCAAUUUCACGUUAAGCAUUUUGAAUUGAGUCCUGAUUGCCCACCUUAAACAACACUCUGAGUGUUCAAAUACCUUUUCAACUUUCUGUUGGGUUCAGUACAAGGUCCAGUUGAUGUUAUGUAUUUUAUUACCAAUUUGACUCCCUACAUAGUAAUUCAACAACAAUUAAUGAAACAAUUUGAGUUCUGAUUGUCAUUGAUGCGCCUUGACAAUACCCGUUGUCUUUCUAUGUGCCCAUAUUAACAUUGUAGGUUACAGGGAACUAAAAUAGUACAAAGCUUCAAGAACAUGAAUUAUUUUGAGUUACAGUUUAGUUAGGAGUCCUUAGAGAUUGUGCCAUCCGUUUCUUCUCCCCAUUUUUCAUCGAAGGAAACAUAAAUGAUCACCAAGGCUACUGAUCCUCAACUACUUUUUAUUCAUAAAUAGAUUCUUGGUGGCUGUAAAGAGGAUGCAGAUUUAAGGGUCAAUGUUAUAAUAGAAGGUAAAUCUUGGCGUUUAGAUCGCAUUAAUACCUUUUCAUAGUUCUCGGAUCUAUAAUCUCAUCAAAGAAAAUCCUUCAUCAUUUUUAGGACUAAAAGGGCAGCCUAAUGCACGAGGCUCUAAACAUUUGAUGCCCUGUGGCGGGACAAUUAUUUCACAACUUUAUUCCAGUCAGCUGUGAGGUUGUUUCUGCAACACCAACUUGAGUUAAGGGGCGCUGUUGAGGGCAUAUAAUCGCUUUAGUUUACUUUAUAGAAAUAAAUUUCUUUCAGAGACUAAACAUAUUUGACACGGGUCUCUUUGGAUCAAUUUACCAAUUGAUAAGUUAAAUAUUACUUUAAACUUACUUUUAUUCUAGCCAGUAAAUUGUACAUAAUUUACAGAAUGACAAAGCAAAGAG